AAAGACUUUUAUCAACUUAAAGAAUUGGAAAAAAUUGCACCAAAACAAAAAGGGAUAGUGGUACAAUCCGUUAAGGAUAUUCUUCAAGAAUUGGUGAAUGAUAAUCUUGUCGCUCAAGAUAAAAUUGGCACUUCAAAUUACUACUGGUCAUUCCCUAGUAGUGCACUCCAAUCGCGACGAAUAAAAAUCGAAGAGCUUACUGAAGAAAUUAAAAAGCUAAAAGAAAAAAAUGCCGACUUGCAAUCGAAUAUUGAAAAAGCAUCUGACGGCCGCGAGGAGUCGGCCGAUCGCGCGUCGUUAUUGAAGGAGUUGGCUGAAACCGAGUCAAAAAGAGCAAAUCAUAAGAAAGAGUUGGAUCACUAUAGAGAACAUGAUCCU